AUUCAUUAUUUCGGCGCCCAUUAUUUUAUCUCCAUAGCUCCAAACAUUGCUUCCGCAGGGAAGCUUCUUUUAUUUCCAUCACCAAAAACCACACUUUGAUUUUGGCAUUUUAUCAAAUACCUAUGUUGGCUUCCAUAUCUGCCUCCAUAUAUGUAAAAGCUACCAAGAAAAGCGUCUUCCUCUUAGACAGAUGCCUUGCUUUUUCACAAAUCAAGCAAAUCCAGUCCCAUCUCACAGUUUCAGGCACCCUCAAGGACCCCUAUGCCGCUGCCAAAAUCAUCUCUUUUUGUGCAGUCUCCAGGGCCGGAAAUCUCUCUCACGCUUACCAACUUUUUCUUCGCCUUCAAUUUCGAUCUACCUUCAUUUGGAACACCAUGAUCAGAGCUUUUGCUGAAGCAACUGAACCCAGCAGAGCUAUUGCUUUGUAUAAGCAUAUGCUUCGAAGCAAUUUCUUGCCUAAUAACUAUACUUUCUCUUUCCUUUUCAAAGCGUGCACUGACUUGAAUGAUUUUUUCUUGGCUUUAGCUUGCCAUGGCCAAGCCAUCAAAUUGGGCUGGGAGUCCUAUGACUUUGUUCAAAAUGGGUUGAUUCAUUUAUUUGCAACUUUUGGUUUCAUGGAUCAUGCUUGUCAAUUGUUUGAUGCGAGUUCUAAUAGAGAUGUUAUUACAUGGACUGCUUUGAUUAAUGGGUUUUUGAAAUCUGGGCAAGUUAUGGUUGCAUGCGGACUGUUUGAUAAAAUGCCUGAGAAGAAUUCUGUUUCUUGGAGUGCGAUGAUCACUGGGUAUGUACGAGUUGGAUUGUUUAAAGAGGCUCUUGCGCUUUUUAAUGCUAUGCAGAUAUCUGGGUUUCGGCCAAAUCAUGCUGGCAUUGUUGGUGCAAUUACUGCUUGUGCUUUUCUUGGUGAUUUGUAUGAAGGAAGGUGGAUACAUGCUUACAUUACUAAAAAUAGAAUUGAAUUGGAUAGAAUACUUGGCUCUGCGCUCAUUGACAUGUAUGCAAAGUCUGGACGUAUCGACCUUGCUUUUUGCAUAUUUGAUCAAUUGCCAAAAAGAGAUGUCUACGUUUAUACUUGUUUGAUAUCAGGUUUAGCAAAUCAUGGUGAGAGUGCAGCUGCUAUUGAGUUGUUUGAAAGGAUGCAGAAUGAAGGAGUUGUACCAAAUGAUGUUACGUUUGUAAGUGUGUUAAAUGCUUGCAGCCGAAUGGGCCUGAUGGAUGAAGGAUUGAGAAUAUUUGAAAACAUGAGUAAGAUAUAUGGUAUUGAGCCACAAGUUCAGCACUAUGGAUGUCUGGUUGAUAUCUUGGGAAAAGCUGGCAAGUUAGAAGAGGCAAAGAAAGUCGUAAGAGAAAUGCCAAUGGAGCCAGAUUCUUAUGUUUUAGGUGCAUUACUCAAUGCAUGUAGGGUUCAUGGUGAUGUUGAGUUAGGUAAAGAAACAGUUGAUAACUUGGUUCGGUUGAAUCUGGACCAUGGUGGGGUACAUGUUCUUCUUUCAAACAUGUAUGCCUCUGCUAACAAAUGGGGUGAUGUUGCAAGGGUAAGGAAAGGAAUGGAAGAUAAAAAAGUAAGAAAGGUGCCAGGUUGCAGUCUAAUUGAAGCAGAUGGAGGAUAAGGUGCAUUGUGCUUUGGAUAGAUCUUUCCAUGUACUUAUGGGAAUAUCAUGUUGUUGUGAUUGGAAUUAGCGAGCAAUUAAAAAGCUGUGUUGAUGAUAAUAUGACAUUGGAGUAUGUUCAGGUUGUUAUGUCCGAUCGCUAUGCAUCAAAGAAAUGAGGGUUUGCCUUGUUGGCGAAACAUCAAGAUCAUUGCUUGCUUUAACAUGGUGCAACUUAAGGAAAUGUAGUAAAGAAUGUGUGGAUACUAAACGUUUAGCGACCCGACACCUGAGUUAUAGAAGCAGUGGCAUUGGAUGUGGACCUGUCCCCAUGGAUGACCACCUUUUCUUCAGAUUCAAUAAAGGGAGGCCUAGUUGGUGGCCUGUGCUCCAUUGAACCAGUACUUUUGAGCAGAACAACCACUUCUGACAUUGUUGGUCUCAAAGCAUGUGAAGCUUGAGUGCACAUCAAGGCAAUCUCUAUGAUUUUCUUCACUUCUUCUGCUUCAUAUUCAUCUGGGCCUAAGCUUUCAUCGACUAAUUCCAGAUAAGUCUCACCUGUUUUCAGGAACGGAUCAAGAUUGAUAGUCUGGUUAUCGGCGAAAAAAGGUUUAUUUGAAUACCUCAUGAAACACCCAGAAUCAACUGCUCUACCGUCUGUCGCAGGAAGACAUCUUUGUAUGUUGGUAUAAGCCACUUGCAUACAAGCUAAGCAGCCACUCAUAUCAAUUGUUUGAACACAUUGUGCAAUGCCAUAAACUGAUGCAUUACUAACACCUACUAUGUCUCUCUUACUGGCAGUGAAGAAACCAUUAAUCCUUGGUGUUGCGAUCUGAAGAUCUCUUAACAAGCUAUCUGCAGUUGUUCGGAAAGCGGCACCCAGAGCCAGAGAUGUAUUUUGAUUUUCACAGUACUCACCGUUGGGUUCUUGAGUGGUCUCCCCGUAGAAGUAAGUCGUCUCGUACCUGAAAAUAAGGGGAGAAAACACUGAGGCUCCGUUUGCCUUGCAGAAAAUAUUUAUUUUUGGAAAUGUGGAAAAAGUAAAGGCAGCAUAAACUAAUGGAUAAUUGGGCAUAUGAUGCAUAAGAAGAUCAUGUAUUUGUUCUAACUAAAUAACAAAUUGCUUUGUACAUUUGAAUUGGCAUGGACCUACAGGUUUGAGCUUCUGAUCAUCUGAAGUCUUAUAUUACUAAACAUGUAUUUCACUAAUUGCUGGUUCUAAUGGACAGUUUCCGGGUUGAAUUUCAAAAUAA